AUGGGAUCUAUGCUCUUGCCGAAAUCUAUUAUGAACUCUCUGGAGGGCAAAUUUGCAGAUUUUUUCUGGAACUCAACAUCGGCGCAACUAAAGCAUCAUUGGGUAAGGUACUCGGAAUUCUGCCUGCCUAAGGAGGAUGGGGGUCUUGGAUUACGCUCCCUACUCUCUCUACAAGAAGUUUAUUCUCUGAAAAUGUGGUGGUUGUACCUUUUGAAAGAUUCUCUUUGGUCUGCUUAUAUGCACAGCAAGUAUCAUCGGCAAGGAGAGAUGAUAUAUAAAUCACCGGAUUCUUGUUCUUGGAAGCGCAUCUGCCAUGCAAGUUCAAUUGGUGCUGAGUUAAUUGAAAUUGAAAAUGGAACGGUGAGAUGGAAAAAUAGUCAUAUGGGUAAUUUCACGUUAGCUGCAGCAUAUAGCGAAGUUCGACAUCGUCGAGGAGCUUCUUUAUCUCAUCGAAUGAUUUGGGACAAUAGUAUACCACUGAAGUUCUCAAUCCUGGUUUGGAAAAUAUUGAGAAAUGCCAUUCCUUUGCCAUCUCAACUGCAAAAACUUGGUAUACAGACCGCAUCAGCUUGCCCCUUUUGUCAAUCGGCAGAAGCUUCGGUCAACCAUGUUUUUUAUCUCUGUAACCCUAUUCAGCAGAUUUGGAAAGUGUUUGGUUCUUAUGUGCUGCCUGAUAUAUCGACUAAAGGUACCUUGAGCCAGGGGCUCAUGACUUGGUGGCUAUCUUUUUCACAAAAUUCUUUUGCAGGCCGAAUUUGUAGAUUGGUACCAGUGGUAAUUUUGUUCUAUAUUUGGCAAGCUUACUGCGACAUAACCUGGGGAGAUACUGCUAUUUUCUUUCCAGCAAUUAAGCAUCAGAUUGCCACUUUUAUACUUAAUUGGGGAAUAGCUAAUUCAACGAAGAAGUUUGCUCGACUAUUUCCACAAUUGUCAGAUAUUCUUCCUGAUGGAUUCGGUUUGCAGAAUUUGAAGCCCAUGCUGGUUUAUUGGAAAAAACCAGCAACUGGUUUUUUGAAACUUAAUAUCGAUGCUUCCUUCACUCCAUCUUUCUCGUCAGGAGGUGCAAUUAUAAGAGAUGAAUUUGGUUCCUUUGUUGCAGCUAUCUCAUUUCCUUUAGAGGCAACUAACGCUCUUUCUGCAGAGAUGUGUGCUUUGAAAGUUAGUUUGGAGUGGUGUCAUAGCCAACAAUUAUUUAAUUUGCAAGUGGAAACGGACUCAAUGGCCUUAAUAUCAGCUCUGAACUGCUCAUCCUCAACAACGAACAAGACGAUUGAAGAUAUUAGACUGCUUAUUAAUUCUUCUUCGAUCCAUCAUAAUUUCAGAGAGGGCAACAAGGCUGCUCAUUAUUUGGCUCUUUUGAGCAGAUUAUCCAGGAGAUCUAUUUGUUUUUUUUCCUUUAAAUCUCUGCCUCAGUUAUUGAAAGGCAUUGUACUUUCUGACUGUAUGGGUACGCCCUACAUUCGUUUCAAAUAA